AAGAGGCACCUGCUGUUGCUCAUCAGUUCUCCGUUUUCCUCCGCUUUACGCGUUCGAGCCAUUCCCGAAGAUUUAGUGUUGUCUGUGUGUUCCUUUUAUCCACCUGAGAAUCCAUUUCCAAUUCCGUCUUUCACUGGUCUGUUUUGAUUUCCACUUUCUCUCCCUCUCUCUCUAUCUGUGCGCCAUGGACUGAGCUGACGGUUUCUGAUUGUGAUGCUUGUAGAAAAUGUUUGAUUGUGGCUACAAGUCACAACUGAUGGGUGGUCAGCGAGAAAAGUUUGUGAGGUUGGAUGACUUGGAUUCCCGAUUGUCAUCGCCUUCUGAUGGUGGAAUGAGAAGAUGCGGGUUUAAUAUAGAUGGAUUUAACCGUGCAGUCCAUGCAAAUGAAAAGCCAUCUGGAUCCUUUAAGAGAGGAAUGAGGAAAGGCUCGGAAGGACUUAAAUCAAUUGGCCGAUCACUCAAGUUUGGGGUGUCUCGAGCUGUAUUUCCAGAGGAUCUUAAAGAGUCAAAGAAGAAAAUCUUUGAUCCUCAAGACAAAUUGCUCUUAUUUUUGAAUAAACUUUUUGUCAUAUCAUGUAUUUUGGCAAUAUCUGUGGACCCACUAUUCUUUUAUGUUCCUGUCAUUAACCCAAGCUCAAACUGUCUUGGCAUUGAUAGAAAGCUGGCAAUUACAGUGACAACAUUGCGGACCAUCAUUGAUGUUUUCUAUCUUAUUCAUAUGGCUCUCCAAUUCCGGACAGCUUAUAUUGCUCCAUCAUCUCGGGUGUUUGGGAGAGGUGAACUUGUGAUUGAUCCUGCACAAAUAGCAAAGCGAUACUUGCGGCGGUAUUUCAUCAUUGACUUGGUGUCUGUGCUGCCCCUUCCACAGAUUGUGGUUUGGAGAUUUCUUCAAAGGUCAAAAGGUUCAGAUGUAUAUGUGACAAAACAGGCCCUUCUUUUAAUUGUAUUCCUUCAAUAUAUCCCAAGGUUUUUUAGAGCAGUACCAUUGACUUCAGAGUUGAAAAGGACAACAGGCGUUUUUGCAGAAACUGCUUGGGCAGGUGCUGCAUAUUAUUUGCUAUUAUAUAUGCUUGCAAGUCAUAUAGUAGGAGCAUUAUGGUACUUGUUAGCUGUGGAACGCAAUGAUACAUGUUGGCAGAAGUAUUGUAAUGCCCCUAUUUGCAGGAAAGAUUUCUUGUAUUGUGGUAACCAAGACAUGAAAGGUUAUGCAACUUGGAACCAGACAGGUGUGGCUGACCUUAAGUCAAGUUGCAAACCUGCUGAUGAAAAUGAUCAGUUUGAUUUUGGAAUCUUUCAACAGGCGUUGUCCUCUGGUAUUGCCGCCUCCAAGAAUUUUAUCGCUAAAUAUUGUUACUGUCUGUGGUGGGGACUACAAAACUUGAGUACGCUUGGGCAGGGGCUUCAAACAAGCACGUACCCGGGUGAAGUGAUCUUUUCUAUAGCAUUAGCUGUACUUGGUCUCAUUCUCUUUGCCCUUCUUAUCGGCAACAUGCAGACUUAUCUUCAAUCUCUAACUAUAAGGCUUGAGGAAAUGAGGGUGAAAAGGCGCGAUUCAGAGCAGUGGAUGCAUCACCGCUUGCUGCCGCAAGAUCUUCGGGAGAGAGUCAGGCGUUACGAUCAGUACAAGUGGUUAGAGACUCGCGGGGUGGAUGAACAGAGUUUGGUUCAAACUCUACCUAAGGAUCUCAGGAGAGAUAUUAAGCGGCAUCUUUGUCUGGCUUUAGUAAGAAGGGUUCCUCUGUUUGAAAGCAUGGAUGAGAGGCUGCUUGAUGCUAUCUGUGAGCGGCUGAAACCAUGUUUGUUUACGGAGUACACUUACAUAGUUCGUGAAGGUGAUCCAGUUGAUGAGAUGCUCUUCAUUAUACGUGGUCGGCUCGAGAGUGUGACCACAGAUGGUGGGCGGAGUGGAUUUUUCAACCGUACCUUUCUGAAAGAAGGUGAUUUUUGUGGUGAAGAGCUUUUGACCUGGGCUUUGGACCCGAAAUCUGGUUCGAAUCUUCCAUCUUCUACAAGGACGGUAAAGGCUAUUACAGAGGUUGAGGCUUUUGCCCUCGUUGCUGAAGAGUUGAAAUUUGUGGCCAGUCAGUUCAGGCGCCUUCACAGUAGACAGGUGCAACAUACGUUCCGAUUCUACUCACAACAGUGGAGGACCUGGGCUGCUUGCUUCAUUCAAGCGGCAUGGCGUCGGUAUUCCAAGAGAAAAUCUAUGGAACUUCGUCAAAAGGAAGAAGUUGCCGCAGAAGAAUCUGAGGGAUCUCAAACUGCUACAAGCGGAGGCUCUUAUAGUAUUCGUGCAACUUUCUUAGCUUCCAAAUUUGCUGCCAAUGCUCUCAGGGGCGUUCAACGAUAUCGGAACGCAAAGAGCGCUCAGGAAUUGAUAAAAUUGCAGAAGCCUCCAGAGCCAGAUUUUAGCGCUGAUGAUGCAGAUUGAUCCAUUAUGUAUUGUGACAAAAAUUGAAUGUAUUAUUAUCUGACUCAUGGUUUUUAUUUUGAAAUUGAUUAGGUGGGGUGAAACUAAUGUAUUAUAGAUGUGCUUGUAGUUUGUAACUUGUAAAAAAGUUCCUGAAAUCAAUCUGGAAUAUGUAUUUUAUUUGUGCUUUAUAUUUUAUUUCGAAGGCUUCUGCAUACCAGGUUGGAAGCUAAUGGACAGAGGGAUUCUCUAA